AUGCAAAAGUUUCCCGAAGAUGACCCACUCUUUAUCCUACCCUUUGUAGAUGGCGUUCACUUUCGCGUCUUCCUCAAGGUGACGUCCGUGCCACGCCUCCUUUUGCCGUACACCUCGAUCCGAAAGAGUUCCUACGGCUCUGCCACACAUCCCGCCGACACAGACGACGCGCCUAAGAAGCUCAUCGUCGAACUUUCCUCUCCAAACAUCACCAGCGAGUUUCAAGGAAAGCACCUGCGGAGUACGAUCGUCGGCGCAUGCAUCGGACGACUAUACGAGGCCAUGGGAUGGGAUGUAACACGCAUCAACUACCUCGGCGACUGGGGCAAGCCGAUCGCGUUGUUGUACGUUGGGUGGUCGAAGUACGGCUCGGAAGAAGCGUAUGAGGCCGACCCCGUCGGACACCUUCUGGAGGUCUACCAUAAGAUCGAAGAAGACUUCAAGCCAGAACAAGCGGCGAGCAAGGCGGCGCGUGACGAAGUGGCGAAGGAAGGUGAAGACAAAGGCGAAGCGCAGGCCGAGAUUGAAAGCAAGGGCAUCUUUGCAGAACGCAAUGAGGCUUUCAAGAAGCUGGAAGAGGGUGAUGAGGAGCUUGUGGCCUUUUGGAAGCGCGUGCGAGAUGCCAAUAUCGACAACUACACCAAGUUCUACGAGCGCCUUGGUGUGCGCUUCGAUGAGUACUCUGGAGAGUCGCAGAUCAAGCCUGAGACUAUGGUGGAAGUCGAACAGAUGCUGAAGGAGAAGGGUAUCUCGGAGGAGAGCGGGGGAUCUCAGAUCAUUCACAUGCAGAACAUAGGUGCGAAGGCUGGUACGGCCAUCAUUCGCGACCGCUCCGGUAGCAGCACGUACCUUCUCCGAGACCUCGCCGCGGUGUUGGAGCGUUCGAGGAAGUACUCGUUCGACAAGAUGGUGUAUGUGGUUGCCAGCGACAAUAGCGUCCACUUCACUCAGCUCAUCAAGGUGUUGGAGGCGAUGGACAUGAAGGAGCUCGCCGACAAGCUUCAACACGUCAAAUUUAGCGAGGUGUCGAAGAUGGCGGCGACGCUUGGUAGAGGUUACAAGCCGCAGGGUAUAUUGGACGCAUGUGAGGAAGCGAUGACUGCGUUAUCGGAGGCCGGUGCCGAGAAGAUCGAAGUGGUAGGCGGGUUGAACAAUGUCAAGGAAGGACUAGCGACAUCGUCACUGCUCGUGCAAGAGCUCUCGACUCGCCUGACCACAACACAUGCCUUCGAUACUGGUGCGAUGGCUUCCUUCAGGCCUGGGUCGGGCCCGGAUCUGCAGUACUGGCUGGCUAAGCUCCGCCGAUUGCUCAAAGGCGCUGACGCUGCAGCUGAACUCUCGGAUGAAGAUUACGAAGUGUUGGAUGAAGAAGACGCGGCCAAUCUUCUGCGCAUUCUGGCUCAGUACCCGGAGGUCGUGAAUGCGACCUACCAUUCGCUCGAGCCGGCUGGUGUUGUUACUUAUCUCGCUAGUGUAACUGAGCAGCUUGCUGAAUGUCUUCCGGGGGAGGCUGAUGGCGAUCAGUGUGCGAAGGUCACCCCCGGUCUGGCGGCGCUCUAUGAGGCGACUGCAGUCGUGCUGGAGAAUGGCAUGAAGCUGCUAGGGUUGGCGCCCAUCGCGCAGUCAUUGCCGGAGAGAGCGGAUACGCCGGUGACGGGAUGA